AUGGGCGCUUUUUGUGACCACUAUCUGGUACUGGUUAUCCACGGGGUUGGUGACCAAUAUGCGGAUAACAACUUUAUCACCAGUCUUGAGCGCUGCACAGAGGCACUGGCUCGCCUCAUCGAGCGGCAGUCCAAACGCAUUCGCGAACAGCUGCGGAGCACUAGUCAAGCACGUGGUUGCUUCGCGGAUGCGUUACUGGAAAAUUGGCCAAGCGUCGACGUGCGCUGUAUAGAGUGGCACUCGAAACUCCAGUACAAGCACGGUUGGAACCACAUGGUCGAGCGCGUCACCCCAGCGGGUAUUGAGGAAGUUCGUCGGAUCAUGCGUGAGACUUUCGGCGAUAUUGCGCUCUUCAUGUCACCCAAAUGGCACCAGGUGAUCAUGGAAGAAGUUGUUCGUGAGCUAACGCUAGCAUACGAGCGGAAACGGGAGCAAGUUCGGCAGGCAGUGUCGCUGGACGGAGCUGUUCCGAGCGUUCGCGUUGCACUGCUGUGUCAUUCGCUUGGGGCCCUGAUCGGCUUCGACUUGAUUCGGCUCGGCUAUGCGCUCCCGUUUCAGGUAGAGCAUGUGUUUUUGUGUGGGUCCCCACUCGGAGCGUAUUUGUCCUUGUUGCCAAACGGAGAGCAACUCGCCCGCAAGUACCUGCUCGAUCUCUGGAUAGAGCGGCAACGAGACGAGGACGUCGUUGGAAAAGCCACUCCGGCCGAGCGCUUCGCAUCGAAUACGCAGAUGCGAUUACGCUCAGGCAGGGCAGAUCGAACCGGUAUCCGGCAUACACGGGAACAUGUCGAUGGGUAUGCCGCUUCUUCUCGGAAUGCUGCCGCUGCCGGUGCGACGCUUCAACCACGGUUCUAUAAUCUGUUUCAUCCGUUGGAUCCGGCGGCGUUUCGCCUCGAGCCGUGGCUUGAUCCAUCCAUGGCGCUGCAGGAGAGCGUGGAACUACCGCUCCCGUUGGAGUUGGAGCGAUUGCUCAGCAGUCGGGCUCCUGCACAGGUGCCGGCAGCACCGCGAAUGCAAACCGCCGCCACCGCCUUUACCACAACCAGCGCCAUGACUGCGCCUACUGCUACCAACGCUGCAACGUUGCCGAAAGGCAUCGACGCUUGCCCUGAGCAACAGCCGCCUCGGUAUGCACCGUGCGCUGCCAGCGCACUAUCCGUUGAGGGUCCCGCUGCGUCUGCUGGCGACGAUAUGAGUGCGUCCUCCAUUCCUGAUGAUGUCGAUGCGCAGAGCACGGGCUCCUUCUCUUCCGCGGAGGUGUUGACGAGAGCGUCCUCGACACGGCGAUCGCUAUCUUCGCCGCGGCUCUCUCAACUCGGAGGCGAAGGCACUUAUCGAGAUGAUCCGUUCGCCACCACUGGACUCGGUGCCGCCCUACGAGGCAGAACCGCUGUUGGUCUCAGUCGAUCGAGCUCGAAUCCCGAGUUUACCGUUCCGCUCACCGCUGCGGAGACGGAUCUGCCGGCGAAGGACUCCGUACCUGCCGAAAGUCUGGAUCCGGAUAGGAUGGGUUGUACUUGCGGGGAAGCUCACUCGCUCGACAGAAAACGGUUGCAAUGUGCGAUUCGAACUUGCACUCGUCGGGGCGCCAAGACAGGGCGUUCAGAGCAAGCGAAACAGGUAGAGUUACCAGGCACGCAAUUCCCGGAUUCCGUUCAGGACUGGUGUCGUCCGUACCGCGAACCAGAAUUCUCCCUAGACGAUACCCGGGUGUACAAGCGGCCGCACGGGAAUCCCGAGGUGGGGUGUUAUUUUCGGCGUGUCGAUUACGUCGUCCACGAUCCGCAGGUCGCCCGCUCGGGACGCGUCUGGCAGUUUGUGCAGUGCCUUCGCUCCCAUGCGUGUUAUUGGACAAGUGAUGAGGUUGCCUCGUUCGUGGUGGGCAUCCUCUAUGACUGUCUUCGACAGCCGCGGGCACGACUCAAUGAAAUGGGCGCCUUGAUGGGUACCGACCUCGGCUCCAUGGCGUCCGCACAACGCUUCGGCAACGGACAUGCUCGUUUCUGCACAGAUGCCGUGCCUGAUGCAGUCGCCAGUCUCGCAGAUGGUCGUGACGCUAACGCACCUGCAGCGAAUCGAGAAACGGAUACCAGUGCACCAAGCGGGAACGGCAUGCUCGCCCGAAGGCGUGCAUCGCCGGCUCGGCGAAGUGCUUCGGCAGCUUCACUGGAUCCUGCACAACGGAAACCUGAGUGCUGCCAACAGUGCAUCCCUGGCGCCAGUACCGUUGCAUUCACGUCGGUCGGUCGCCCCGGCGAGUUAUUGACUGUGAGCACCAAAAACUCAGUUCGCAGCAGGAACGGUGCAGGGCAUCGCGCGAGCGUUUCCCCAACAAAUAGCGCAUACGCUAAGCAUGGGUCACCGGACCCCGACGAGAAUCAUGAUCAUCAUACGGGUCAAUUUCGGCUUCUACACGAGGUCUCAUCCUUGUCACCGGCACCAACUGUGGGAUUUCUCGUGGGUGACUCGGCGCCGCGCCCUUUGCGUAUGAUUAGUGACCUGCUGGAAAAACUUGUCACAGAGGGCCGUUGGGUCGCAGCGCUCAUGCUUGUUUCUGGGGCAUUUAUUAUGAGCUGUGGCCUUGUGGCCUUGAUUCUGGCGCUUCUAUUACGUAGCCUCUAUGUGACACUUUUUCUGAAGCAAAAACAUCCACUGGGCUUCUUGUCAUGA